GCGGGGGCGGAAAUAAAUGCCGAAUCGAAUUGAUUUGAGAGUUCGCUCGAAUUCCUGAAACUGCCUGCACCAUCUCCUUCACUUCUCUCUCUCUCUCUAUGUCACUGCGCGCUUUGAAGGAGACGCUUAAGCCCUGCUCCAGCCUCCCUUCCUCAUCCUUCUCCACCGACUCAACCUCCCCAUCCAAGCCCUCGCUGUCCCAAGAGUUUGAGCUCGGAAAUCUCAGGAAGCCUCCGAAAUCGUCUCUCUCGCAGCAGCUCCUGCGGCUUCAGGGCUCCUUCUCUUCGGAGGAGCGUCCCUCGCAUGUCCGAGGAAAGGAGGAUCGCGCUGGAGUUAAGGAAGAAGAUGGGGAGGGAGAGGGAGAGGAAAAGGAGGAGGAGGAGGAAGAGAAAGUGAGGGUGGUGUUUGGGAGACCGAAGUCGGCGAGCUUUCAGUUUGAUCACACCGGGCCUUUUGAACCGUUGGUCUUGUCUUCAGAGGGAGAUGUUCCAGUCAUUCAGGUUCCCUCAUCCAUCAAUUGCAGGUUGCUCGAGCAUCAAAGGGAGGGCGUCAAAUUUUUGUAUGGUUUGUACAAGAAUAACCAUGGAGGUGUUCUUGGUGAUGACAUGGGGCUUGGGAAGACCAUUCAAACAAUUGCAUUUCUGGCUGCUAUUUUUGGAAAAGAUGCAGAAUCUGAUAGUCUUAAGGGUUCCAAGGAAGGUCAAUUACAGAAGAAGGAACCUGUAUUAAUAAUUUGCCCCACCUCUGUAAUUCAUAAUUGGGAAAGUGAAUUUUCUAAGUGGGCAACCUUUGCUGUGUCCAUGUAUCAUGGUGCGAACCGUGAACUUAUUCUUGAGAAGUUAGGUGCUCGUGCUAUUGAGGUACUCAUAACCAGUUUUGACACAUACAGAAUUCAUGGUAGCAUCUUGUCUGAUAUUAAAUGGGAGGUUGUGAUAAUUGAUGAGGCACAUCGGGUCAAAAACGAGAAAUCGAAGCUCUAUGCAUCGUGUUUAGAUAUCAAGACCCCCAGGCGUAUUGGUCUAACGGGAACAAUAAUGCAGAAUAAGAUCAUGGAACUGUUUAAUUUGUUCGAUUUGGUCGCACCGGGAUCCUUGGGGACGAGGGAGCAUUUUAGGGACUUCUAUGAUGAACCUCUCAAGCAUGGUCAACGAUCCACUGCUCCAGAAAAAUUUGUCCAGAUUGCUGAUAAGCGAAAACAACACCUAGUGGGAGUUCUUCGUAAAUAUAUGCUGAGAAGGACAAAAGAUGAGACUAUUGGGCAUCUUAUGAUGGGUAAGGAAGAUAAUGUUGUGUUCUGUGCCAUGAGUGAAUUACAAAAGAGAGCGUAUAGGAGAAUGUUACAGUUGCCAGAUAUCCAGUGCCUAAUAAAUAAGGACAUCCCUUGUAGUUGUGGAAGCCCACUUAGUCAAGUUGAAUGUUGCAAGAGGACUGUACCAGAUGGGAUCAUUUGGCCUCACCUUCACAGGGAUAACCCUGAGGGUUGUGAUUCAUGUCCAUUUUGCCUUGUCCUUCCUUGCUUGAUCAAGCUUCAGCAGAUAAGCAAUCACCUGGAAUUAAUUAAGCCUAAUCCUAGGGAUGAACCAGAUAAGCAAAAAAAAGAUGCUGAAUUUGCCGCCGCUGUUUUUGGCUCUGAUACUGAUAUGGUGGGUGGGAAUACCCAGAAUGAGAACUUCAUGGGGCUGAGUGAUGUUAAACAUUGUGGCAAGAUGCGGGCCCUUGAAAAGUUGAUGCUCUCCUGGAUCUCUCAAGGUGACAAGGUUCUUCUGUUUAGUUACUCGGUCAGGAUGUUGGACAUACUUGAGAAAUUUCUCAUACGCAAAGGUUAUUGCUUUUCAAGACUCGAUGGUUCUACUCCAGCCAAUGCACGUCAGACUCUUGUUGAUGACUUUAAUUCUAGUCCGAGCAAACAGGUUUUCCUUAUAUCAACACGAGCUGGUGGGCUUGGGCUGAAUCUUGUCAGUGCGAACCGUGUGGUAAUAUUUGAUCCAAACUGGAAUCCUGCCCAUGAUUUACAGGCCCAGGACAGGUCCUUCCGCUUUGGGCAGAAGCGGCAUGUUCUGGUCUUCCGUCUUCUCGCAGCUGGCUCUCUUGAAGAGCUCGUUUAUUCUCGGCAAGUUUACAAGCAGCAGUUGUCCAACAUUGCUGUUUCUGGAAAAAUGGAAAAGAGAUACUUUGAAGGAGUUCAGGACUGCAAGGAGUUUCGGGGUGAGCUAUUCGGAAUCUGCAAUUUGUUUCAUGAUCUGUCUGACAAACUUUUCACUAGUGAGAUUAUUGAACUACAUGGGGGACAAUCAUUGGAAAGCGAAACACACCUUGAUGCAAAACAGAAGUCACCAGAAUGGGCUAAUAGUGAUGUUCCUCAAGAGGAAGUCAGCACAACAAUGAUCUCUAAGAAUAGAAAGCCUUAUGAUCGACAAAAACCUAUGACCAGUAAGCCAACACUUGAAGACUUGGGUGUUGUAUAUGCUCACCGAAAUGAGGAGAUUGUAAACUUUGGUCCGGGAAUUCAAAUAAAUCCAGAAGUGAACAUGACCCAGAAUGAUAAGCAGCUCUCAGUUCAUCUUAAGAGUAAAAGAAAACCUAGUCACGAUGGUGUUGAAACGGAGGCAUCUACAACCAGGAAUUGGAAAAAAGAUCAAUUUAAGCUUCUUGCACAGUUUAAGGGUAUGAACGAGAUCGAGUUCAGCAAGUGGCUGGUAUCGGCAACUCCUUCAGAACGGGAAAAGGUCCUUCAUGACUUCAAGGAAACAAGGCAAAAGAUUCCGAAGGGUUGAAGUACUCCUUCACAUAUGUAGUAGAGUAACGAUAUGACUUGUACAACCAAAGGUCCACACUGUGUGCAUAUUGUACAAUAUAUGUAAAUCCCUACUCGUUAUCUCAAUUUGUACAGAUGUAAUAGUUUGAGACUUUUGAGGUGCCUGAAAAAGAUGGGAACUCAGUGCACAUCAUCUGUUUCGGUUAUUUUACAGUCAUGGUCUCUUC